AUGUCCCACAAAGUGACCUAUGCAACACUUGCAUUUCAGGAUUCUUCUAGAGCAAGAAAUAACCAGGACAGAAAUAACCUAAAAAAAAAAAAGCAUCCCGUUUGGCGUCAGGUUGCUCUCCGUCUGCUAACUCUUUGCCUGGUGCUGCUGAGUGGGCUCUGACUUUGGAGGUUAUUUCUUCUGAUGUGUAGUGAAAUAAAUUCAGAUACAGAGAACUUGAGUCAGCUUCCAAAAAUUGUUCACCACCAGCAGGAUAAUUUAUCCUGCCCAUUGGCCAAUUAUAGGAUCAUUCCUAGGGAAAUGGAAUUUCUUCAAUCAUAGGUAUCUAAUCUACUGAAGAGGCAAGAGCAAGUGGCCAUCAAACUCUUCAAACAGCUAAUUAUUCACACUUCAGAUAACAAAUGUAAUACUUAUCCUAAGACCUGGCAAUGGUACCAAAACGGUUGCUGUUAUUUCACUAUAAAUGAAGAUAAAACAUGGAGUAACAGUAGAAAUGACUGCAGAGACAAGAACUUUACUUUGGUGAAGAUCAAGAAAAGGUAUGAAAAGAUUUUCCUUAAGUCAUAGCCAUUAACCAUGUCUUCUUACUUUUGGCUGGGAUUUUCAUGGCACCCUUCUGACAGGAGCUGGCUGUGGGAAGAUGAAUCAAUUCCCUCUCCUACUACUUUAAGAAGGCCUUGGGAAAAGACCCCACCUGUCAGGGAGGCAGAAGUACAGGCUGGGGGCCUGUGCAGGCAGCCAGCUAGACAGUGUGGAUUUGUUUAA